GUUCCGAGGACGUUCAUCUCUCCUCUGCCUCCGACUUUCCUGCGCGUAUCUUCGGAAUGCUUUGAGGGCUCGUUUGUUAGGAGCAUAACUCUUUCUUUGUUCACUUACUCUCUCUUUGUUACAAUUACUUACUUCAGUCACGCUCAUUCAAUCGUGCAGGGAUGCCCGCACCAAGGCCAUCUCAGAGCGCCGAAGCCGCGAGAGCAGCUGCCCUCCAAGCGGAAUUCAACGAAAAGAAAUGGGUCUGGGUGCCCGACGACAAGGAAGGAUAUCUAGCAGGAUGGGUUGUGAAGGAAGAAGACGAUAUGGGCGAGGUUGUAAUGGCAUCUGGGGGUGAGGUAUGUGCAGCUAUGAUCCGACGACUACCUCUCUAUGCCCUUUCGAAGAUGAAUCCGCCAAAGUUCGAUCGCGUAGACGAUAUUGCAGACCUGACAUUCCUGAACGAGGCCAGUGUUGUACAUAACUUGAGACUCAGGUAUGGCUCAGGAGCUAUCUAUACGUAUUCUGGCUUAUUCUUGGUCGCUAUCAAUCCUUACCAGAAUCUCCCUCUCUAUUCGGAUGCUAUCGUCCACCAGUAUCGCAGCAAGCGUCGCGAUGAGAGCCCUCCUCAUAUAUUCGCUGUGGCUGAACGCGCAUGGGUUAAUAUGGGUGAGGAGCGAGAGAACCAGAGCAUCCUCAUUACCGGUGAAUCUGGUGCAGGAAAGACCGAGAGUACGAAGAAAGUUAUCCAAUAUUUAGCAGCCAUUGCCACGGAUACACAUCCGCCAACAAAUGUCCCAGCACAUUCACAGUCUCCUUCCCUUGUAGGUUCAUCGUCGUUCAAUUCGAGUAUGCCAACGACUGGCCUACCACGGAAUCCCUCUUUCCGUCGCAAUAAUUCUAUUUCUCAUACAAAGCACGCGUCGAUGUCCGCGUCAGGCUCAUCCACACUUUCGCUUACGUCCAAGGGUCGACUGGGUCUACUCGAACGCCAGAUCCUUCAAGCAAAUCCGAUAUUGGAAGCGUUUGGUAAUGCUCAAACGCAGAGGAAUAACAAUUCCAGUCGUUUCGGAAAGUUCAUUCGAAUCAGCUUUGCACCGGAUGGUAGCAUCGCUGGUGCAAACAUCGACUGGUAUCUGCUUGAGAAAAGUCGAGUGGUUGUGAGAAGUGAAGCAGAACGAAGCUUCCACGUCUUCUAUCAGCUCAUGGAAGGCGGCGGAAAUAGUCUUAAGGAGACGUUAUUGCUUGAUGGUGAGAUUGAAGACUACGAGUACCUCAAUAAGAGCCGACGGGAAGUAGACGGCAUUGAUGACCGGGAAGAGUGGAUAGCUUUGAAGAAUGCUCUCGAUACCGUAGGCUUCUCAGCAGCAGACCAGUGGGACCUUUUCCGCAUCGUUGCCGCAAUCCUCCAUAUCGGCAAUAUUGUGAUCGGGGCUACGCGAAAUGACGAUGCAGUCAUGCCAGACCCUUCACAAGCUGAACGCGUCUGUCAUCUCCUUGGUAUUCCCGUUGCCGAGUUCACCAAGGCAGUCCUACGACCGCGGGUUCUUGCAGGGCGCGAAUGGGUUACACAAGCUAGGACGCGUCAACAAGCUUCAGAUGAACUUGCCUCCCUUUGCAAGACCUUAUACGAGAAGUCUUUCGGCAUGCUUGUGGAUCGUAUUAAUCGCGCGCUUGAUCGACCCUCAUCCAAGUCGACGUUCAUUGGUGUGCUAGAUAUCGCUGGUUUUGAAAUCUUUGAUAUCAAUGGGUACGAACAGCUGCUAAUCAACUAUACCAACGAAAGGCUCCAGCAGUUUUUCAAUCACCACAUGUUCGUACUAGAGCAGGAAGAAUACGCUCGCGAGGGUAUCGAAUGGGACUACGUCAACUUCGGACUGGAUCUUCAGCCUACUAUCGACCUCAUCGAGACCAGUGGCAAUGCCAUUGGUGUCCUCAGCUUGUUGGACGAAGAGUGUAUCAUGCCAAAGGCAACUGAUCUCACUUUUACGAACAAACUUCACGCUCUCUGGGCCUCCGAGCCCACACCAGGAGAGGAGGAGCAUCCGGGAAAGCACAAAUAUGAGCCUACGAGGUUCGAACAAGGUUUCCUCAUCCAGCAUUAUGCAGGUCGUGUUGAAUACCGUACUGAUGGCUGGCUGGAGAAGAACAAGGAUCCUCUGAACGAUAACCUCACCCGUGUCUUGGCCAACUCUUCAGAGAAGUAUGUUGCUUCGUUGUUCUCAGAGUUCAGUGAGUCGCCUUCAGCUGUCUCGAAUGGUGCCAAUGCGUUUGCCACCAUGGGGAAGAAGCGCGCCACGAAGAAGGGUGCCUUCCGAACAGUGGCCCAACGACACAAGGAACAACUGGCAAGUUUGAUGUCGCAGCUUCAGGGUACCCAGCCACACUUUAUUCGUUGUAUCGUUCCAAAUACGCACAAGAAGCCAGGUCGCGUCGACGUUCCUCUCGUACUCGAUCAACUGCGGUGCAAUGGCGUCCUGGAAGGCAUUCGUAUAGCGCGACUCGGUUACCCCAAUCGUUUGCCUUUCGUCGAGUUCCGACAGCGUUAUGAAGUGCUGACUCCUGGAGUCAUUCCUCGCGGAUACAUGGAUGGUCGAAAGGCUUGCUUGCGAAUGGUCGACGCUCUGGAGCUUGACAAGUCUAUCUUCCGGAUUGGAACGUCCAAAAUCUUCUUCAAAGCUGGUGUCCUGGCGGAGCUCGAAGAGCGGAGGGAUACUUUACUAUUCGAGAUUUUCUCAAGGCUACAGGCCGUUGCACGUAUGUGGACGGCCAGACGACACAUGAAGAAGAUUCUCAAUCGCGCCGUGGCUAUCCGAACUAUCCAGCGGAAUGCUCGGGUUUACAACGAACUACGAGAUUGGCCAUGGUGGCAGCUCUUUACCAAGGUCCGCCCGUUGCUCGCCGCCACCCGCAAUGACGAGGAGCUUCGUCGCAAAGAGGCUGAACUGAUCCUGGCCAAAGAAAGGGCCGAGCGGGACAAACAGGAACGUGAGGCUCUCGAGAAUCUCAAGAUGCGUUUGGAAUCCGAGAAGAGUAAAGUAGAAGAUGCGCUGGAAGCUGAGCGUGCUUUGGCUCUGGACAAGGACGCGCUGCUUGAACGUAGCAAGAAGCGCGAGGCCGAAUUGGAAGAAGAGAUCAACGCUUUGCAAGCCGACCUUGACACGCUGGAUAACCAACUUGACCGCGCACUGAAGUUGCAGAAGGAAAGUGAGGAGAAGCACGAGACAUUGCGACAAGCUUUCGAUCAAGCAGCAGAACACCUUGUUCGCUUGGAGAGCGAGCAGCAAGAAUGGGUAGCUAAGGAAGCCGAGCUUUCUGCCCAUCUUGAAGAUGCACAGGAGGAUAUCGAUAUAUUGAACGCCGAGAAGGAGGAGCUUCAAAAGGUCGCGGAGGAACUCAAGAACUUAGUGGUUCAACGGGAGGAAGACGUUGCUCGCAUGAAGGAACGUAUGGAGACAGCAGUUUCUGACUUGGACUCUAAGCUUUCUGGCGAGCUUCGUAACCGGGAUGCCCUUCGUAACAAAGCCGACUCUCUCGAGGAGGAAGCCAGACAAGCCAAGGAGCAGCUCACGGAGUUGACCCGAGCGGCGACGGAUUACAGCAAUAUCAUCAAGCAGAAGGAGAGCGACAUCGACCGAUUGUCCUCCGAUCUGGCCUCUUCAAAACAGGAACGAGGACGUCUUCUGAAAGAGAUAACCCAGCUACAAAACGAUAUCGACACCCUUGCGUCCGAAUUGCAAGCUGAGCAGGAGGAACGUAAACACGAUUCUUCGGAACGAUCGAGGCUUCUAGCAGAGCUGGACGAGCUUCGUGCGUCACUUGAGGCAAAAACUAACGAGGAGACUCGACGUUCGGAAGCUGACAAGAGCAAGGAAGAGGAAUUGCUGUCGUUGCGAUCGCAAGCAAACAAGUUGUCGCAAGAUCUUGCCGACGUACGGAAGAAUGCACUUGAAAAUCAGAGUAAACUCAAAGUCAGCUUGGACACUAUUACUAGAGAGCACGCUUCCCUGCAGCAGAGUCAUCGAUCAUUAUCCGACCGAGAGCGUGCUGUCCAAGCUCAACUCAAGAAGGCAGAGGGUGCCUUGUCGGAUGCUGAGAAGGCGAAACGGACGCUGGAGUCGGAACUUCAACUCAUUCGAUCUCGUCAAACAGAUCUGGAUGGUCGGUUGGCUGAAGCAAUUAAGGACAAGGAGGCUUCCGAGCGCAAGCUUGCAACCACACAGUCCAAGUACCAGGAAUUCGAAGACGUCGUUCUGGAACUCGAGCGCGAAAAGGCUGCUCAUGACCGUCAGCUCGAGUCCACCAAGCAACAACUCGAGAGUGAACUUGCCAAGCGAAGCCAAACGGAGAAGUCUCUUGCGGGACAGAAACAAGAAGUCAAUCGCUUGCGAGAUCUAAACGCCAGGCUCAACAAAGAACUCAACAAAGCGCUUGACGAUUUGAAGGCUCGUGAAUGGGAGGUCAAACAGCUAGAGGCACGACAGGACAAGACAAUCGUCGAGCAUGUUCACGUACUUGAGGAGGCGAAGCGUGUCACCGACAAACAACUGACGGAGGCUCAAGAAGAGCUGCAGAAGCAGGCCGCCUAUAUCCGGUCGUUGGAGAAAUCCAAGUCACGUCUCACGACUGAGGCCGAAGACAUGGUUCGAGAGAAGGAACGAGCGGAGGCUGAGUUUAGGUCACAGAAUAAGGCUAUUCGGAUACAGGAAGAAAAGACUAACCGGGCUCUCAAGGAUGUUGAGAACGAACGACAUGCUCGAGAAAUAGCCGAAGCUCAGAUUCGCAAGCUUCAACGAGAAUUACGGUUCGCUCAAACUCAAGUCUCUGACGUUUCCCAACAAUUCGCGACUGCUCAGAAGGCCAAGGAUAAUCUUGAGACCGAGCUCACCAAGCUGGCCAAUGAGACGGAGGCUCCCACAUCCACAGCCAAGUUGCAGCGGCAAUACGAGAGCCGCAUUAACCAAUUGGAGAACCAACUUGAAGAUGCGCUUAUGGCUCAAGACACCGCUUCUAAGAUCAAAGAGCAUGUUAAUCGACAACAUCAGGAAAUUCGGCGACUGGUCUUGAGCGGACCCAAAGACGAUGCUUUCCGUUCUCGUCUGCUCCGUGAGCUGCAAUUGGUUGAUGAAGAGAUGGAACGAGAACUCUCCUCACGUGCGCCGACUCGGGGUGUCCGAACGUUGGCAAAUGUCACUCCUUCCAAGCGUCCCAAUGGCAUUCUUCGUGUCAGGAAAGACUCUGCGCCAGAAUCUCCCCGAACUCCAGACAAACAUGCUCAAGUCAGUGCUCUCAAGCAGGAGGUGCAACUUCUUGAGAUCCAGAUGGCCGCAUCCACUCGUGUUAGACGUCAUCUUGAGGCAUUGCUCCGCGAUAUGACCGCCGAGCUAGAGAAUAGUGAUGGCUCAAAACAGUCUUUGGAACAAUACCGUGCUCGUCUCUCGAAAGAGAACACAAGACUAGGCGAAUUGCUCGAAGACGAAGCUGAAGCUCGUCGGGCGGUGGAAGCGGCUCAAUUGAAGGAUGUGCAGUCGAUGUGGCAGAAGUUCCAGAAGACGCUCCUCGAUGAGCGAGAAAGUUAUUCUCGUCUCGAGGAGUCUCGCAAAGCCUUGUUCGCUCAGCAACGUGCAGCUCACGUCGAACUCGAAGAUCAACGUCGUCAAGUCCAAGAGCUUAGCCACUCCAAGAAGCAAUUGCAAUCCGAGAUUGCGGAUCUCAAGGAUCGUCUUGAGGUGGAGAUGAUGGCGAAGAACGACGAAGCCGCCCUCAGGAAACAACUUCAGCUUCGUAUGCAGGAGCUUGAGAUCACCUCCACUGCCACCUCUGCCGUUCACUCUGAAUUGCAAGCUGCAGUCGAGAGCUACAAGGAGAAGACUGAUUCGUACCUGCGAAGGCUGGAGGAGGCUGAGAUCAGCAAAGCUAAGGCCAUCCGUGCAGAACAGUUUGCUCGCCGUGCUCUUGCCGAUCUCGAGAAGUCGCAUGCUGACAUCGUCGCAGAGAGAAAGUCGAGUUCAGAGCGCCUGAAGGUUACUGAGGAGCGUGUUCGUGAUCUCGAAGCUAAGCUAGAGGAAGAAGGCCGCGAAUCCUCUGACCUUGAACUAUUACGUCAACGUCUGGCUGAAAAGAUGGAGGACGAGAGGAAGCAACAUCAGCAAGAUCUUGCUGAACGUGACUUCGCUGCUGAACAGACUCGCAAGAAGUACCAGGCCGAGUUGGCUCAGCUCAGCGGAGAACUCCAGUCUCAACGGGAUACCAUGAGCCGUCUUCGUGAAGAAACUCGCAAGAUGAGGUCCGACUACGAUGAGCUUCAGCUUCGCUACGACGAUGAAGUCUACAACGGAGGAGCCUGGAAGAAAGAGAAGGAGCGUCUCGAGACCAAGAUCCUGGACCUUACGAAGGCUUAUGAGUCUUCCUCUGCGGCCCAGACCGAGCAGCAAUCUCAGAUUGUUUCCCUUCAUUCUCAAGUGCGCGAACUGCGUAGCGUGCUCAAUGAUGCAGAGGCCGACAGAGCACUCCUGCAGAAAGCCCGGCGAGCAUUACAGGCAGAGCUGGAGUCAAUCAAGCUCGAUCACGUCGAUGCUGGCAAACUGUCGUCUGAGACGGAGUUGCAGAACUUGAGGCUCAAGAAGCAAGAUCUUGAGCGGUCGCUUGAGGAGCAGAACGACCGAGUAUCUAUGGCCUUUGACCGCAUGAAGAAGGCGGAGGGUUACGCAAACGAGUGCCAGAUCGAACUUGGGAAAGUCCGGGUGGAGAAUUCGGAGCUGGAGAAGCUGAAUGCCAACCUGGAGAAGCAGGUGAAAGAGCUGAACGUCAGGAUUGUUGAUCUCGAAACAAAGUCCUUGAACUCUCCACGACCCGCGACGACUUCCAGAAGACUGGAAAGCAGGAUUGAGGAGCUCACCAGCCAGCUCGGCAAAAAUUCUCAGGAAAGCUCUCGUUUGCACCGCUCAGUUGAUAAGAGUGCUCGAGACACCAAGUUCCAGCUAGCAGAAGCUGACCGACAGAGAGCUCGUCUUGAAGAAGAGGUGAAGACAUACGAAACGAAGGUCGUCUCCAUGCGCCAAGCUAUGGACGAAUUACAAACAUCCGAGAACAAUCUCCAGCUUGCCAAACAGCGGGCAGAACGUGAAGCCACAGAUCUCAAGCAGAAAGCCCUCAACCUUGAACUUGAAGUGGAACGGUUGCGCAGCCGUCUGGAACGACCAUCGACUGUUCUCGGUUCUCCUGCGAGUUCCCCUAGGAAAUGAUCUUAGUAUGAAUGCUCAAUAUUCUUCAAGUACUACAUACAUUUUUGGAUUCUUUCACGAUUGUUACGACCUUUACGAUACUUAUACCUGCAUUUCUAUCUCUCCUCGGACAUUGCUGUGUUUUUGUUUACAUAGGUACACUAGGCAUGUAUCAUUAUAUAUCCCCAUGUUCUAUGACAUUUCACGAUUUUUGCUCUUCC